GGCAGUGGCGCAGGGCGACUGCUGUUGUUGAGCGAAGGCUUGGAGACGAGCAGGAGGAGGAGCGAUGGAGAUUGGACGGCGUGUGCAUGGAAAACUCUGGUCUGCAACUUUUUUGUUAACGCAGUGAAGAAUUUGGGGACGCCAGAGCGAAGUCCAGCGGAAUGCAAUUUUGCUGGGGAGCUGGAUUUCUGAGCUCUUUUAUGGGGAUGUAUGCGUCUGAUGCAUUCACUUGACAGAGCAAUGUGUUUUUCGCGUCAUGCGAAUUUUUCUGAGUCCAUGUCCUCGGAAUUCAAUUUGGGAGAACGGCGCUCUGAGAUAGUAUUCUCCGAGUGAGCUCAGAGAUAUAAUGUAAUUGUUUCAUCACCCUGAAGAUGCCUGACAUCUCUGAAGAAUCUAAUUAAUUAGAAUUACAUCAUGGCGAUGAGGCACAAAUGCAAGCUUUCCUGCGAUCUUAUUCAUACUCACUUCGGUGAGCUUGUUGAGAAAGUAUGUCGUUGCUUGGUGUACAAAGGGCCACUGGUCUUAGCCGAAAUAGCCAGAUAUACCGAAAUGAAUAUCACUCAGCUUCGGAAUUGUCUCCUCGUUCUCGUCCAACACAAUUGUGUUCAAGGCUUCAAGAUAUUUCAAGAAGCUGUAGGGCCAAAUCCUCCGAAGGUAUUAACGUCCUAUCUGGGCCUAACUGACAACAUUCUCCAUCGAAUGCGGUUUCCCAAGUUUCUUUCUAUUGUCCGUGAUGAACUCGGCGAAGAGGCAGAGGCUUUGUUGGAAGGGCUGCUGGAACACGGGAGGCUGACUUUGGAGCAAGUCGUCCAACGGGCUGCUGCAAGAGCUGGAAAAGCCGAAUCGGAAGUUGAGCUUCCUUUGAAGCAGACUUUCGCAGCACUUGUACGUUCGCACUACAUUGAACGAUGCCCUGCAUCAGAGCCAACGGUUGCUCCCAAAGCAAUUGAACCACCAAAGAAGGUUCCGCGUGGACCGAAUUCGAAAGGACGCGCCGCGAAAGUAGCAGCUAUAAAAAAUUUGGAAAGCGACUAUGAUCGAAUUGUCUCUGUAGCAGCUGCUCUAGAUACCGAACGAUUUCGUAUGCCUUCCUCACUAGAAGAAGUUGGGGAGACCGGCGGUGGGGACGUUUCUAUGACUGAUCCCGUGGUUCCAGGUCAGAAGCGCAAAAGAGAUGCUUUGGCAAUGGAUGCGAAGACAAUGGCUAUUGUGGAUGAGAAGGAGGUUCUAUGGCGCGCCAAUUAUGAGGAAUUGAUUCGAAAAUUAAGGCACCAGGCUUGUGUUGCACAAGUCAAGACAAGAAUAGAUGCUGCUGCAGGCUCAGUGUUGGCGGCGAUGUUGGAGAUGACCAGAAGUUCAGAAACAACAUCAAAACCGCAAGUUUCAGCGCCUCUCUCAAUGACGGUCAUUAUGCAAGCAGUAACCAUGACUCCUGAAGGCCGCACCAUGACCAUGGAGCGCAUUCGAGGAGCUUUGCAUCAAAUGGCACAAGAGACCGUAGGGUUCAUCACCCGGACGGGUGAAGGCGGAAGCAGUUAUAUCAUCAAUAUGCACAAAAUUAUUGAGCAGGGGCGACGAAACGAGGUGGAGGCCAUCGUGUUACAGAGAUUUGGACGGGAAAGUUGUCGAAUAUUCAGGCUCUUGAUGAUGAAGGGGCAGAUGGAACAAAAACAGAUUGCAGGCAUGGCUAUGGUACAGUUAAAAGACGCACGGGAGCUUCUGUAUAGGCUUCUGAAAGAGCAAUACGUGGUUGUUCAAGAAGUCGCAAAGACAGCUGAGCAUUCUGCGCAGAAGUCUAUAUACCUGUGGAACAUAAAUUGGGACGUGGUAAAACUCCUUGUGCUUGACGAUAUGUAUCACGCCGCUGGAAACCUGCAGCAACGCCUUUCACAUGAACUAGAACAGGAACAGGAGGUUCUGGAAUUGUUGAAACAAAUACAAGCUGCAAAAGCAGCCGGUGCCGAGACUCAUGUCACACUAACUCAACGCCAGCAUGAACAAGUAAAGAGGAUAAGGCGAGUAGCCUCGAUUUUAGAGGCUUCUCUCUUGAAGCUUGAUAAUGCCAUCCUCUUAUUCUAUGAUUUCUAGUAACUGCCCAGGUGUAAAUGGUUAGUUAGCGGUUUAUCGCUGCGCCGAAUUACCUAGUUCAAAUCGAGAGUAGGGGAUUCAGAAGAUGUUCAAUAAAGAAGUCAGCACUAUAUUUGAUCCAAAUUCAACCUAGAACCCAUUUUGAUUCUAUACAAAACUGUUGAUUGAGCUAUUAAUUUUCUGGAAAUUCAAAUGAACGUCGGAGAAUGUGCAGGUUUUAUAAAAGCAACAGAAUUGAGUCACACUGUGCUGAUAGCAAUCAAGAAGUUGAGCCACCAGCAUGUAAAGAGCAGUGUUGGUGCGAGUUAAAGUAUAUUUGUUUUUCCCUAGCUCGUUUGAUUGUACCAGGCCUCCUGAAUCAGGAUAAUAUCCAUGUCCGAGGAAAUCU